AUGCCUGAACCUGAACGGUUGAACGCACGCAUAUUAAAGCUUCGAUACACAGACAACCUUGACUUGAGCCUUCGAUUUACACAGCUAAGGUUUGUAGUGAAAGAUGAACAACCUUUUAGUGUCGUUGACGGUGAAGGGUUUAAAGAGCUUCUUCAAAGCAUGCAACCUAAGUUUGAUGUCCCUGGUAGAAUGACUAUUAAUAGGGAUAUAUUCAAGUUGUUUUGUGAGGAGCGUGUUAAGUUGAAGAAAGAUUUAACUAAGGGUGGACAAAGAGGCAAGACAAUUGGUAAGGUUAUAGAGACUUGUUUGCUUGGUUGGGGAUUAGAAAAGGUUCUUAGUGUGAAUGUUGAUAAUGCAUCUGCCAAUGAUGUGGUUGUUGGUUGUGUAAAGAAAAGGAUUAAUGCAUGGAAAGGCUCGGUUCUUGAUGGUGAUUGGUUGAAGGAGUUGCAUGAUUCAAUCGCUGCCAUUCUUAAUAGUGUAAGAUACAUCCGGUCAUCUUUUUCAAGGUUACAAAAGUUCAAUGCUUGUGUUGAAAGGGAAAAGAUUACAUACAAGGGUGGCUUGGUCUUAGAUGUGCCUACAAGAUGGAACUCAACUUUUAUGAUGUUAGACGUGGCAUUUAAAUUUGAAAAAGCUUUUGCAAGUUAUGAGGACGAAGAUCAUAAGUAUAAGAUGAAAUAUUUGAAGUUUCUUUUUGAGUGCCUUUAUGAUAGUCAAACUGUUGCCAAGAUUACUAUGAAGGUGGAAGAAAUCCUUAACGAGUUAUUUGAAGUCUACAAUGUUGAGUUUGGGGGUGGUGAAUCAAAUGUUGCCAAAAAUGACUCAUUAAAGAGCAACGAAACUCAUAAGAGGUCAUUAUUGGAAAAUUAUAUGCAAAAACAACAAUUGCAAGUGUCGGAGAAAAUGAACGAUCUUCAAAGAUAUUUGGUUGAAAAAUCUCUCGAUCCAACAACUACCGGAUUUGAUAUUUUACUAUGGUGGAAAGCAAAUGCUAGUAGGUAUGUUAUUUUAUCUAUGAUUGCAAAGGAUGUUCUUGCCAUUCUCGUGUCUACGGUUGCUUCCAAAUCCACGUUUAGUACUAGCGGACAUAUUUUGGACUCAUUUAGAAGUUCAUUGAGUCCAAAAAUGCUCGAGGCAUGA